UGAAAGCAACGAAUCAUUCCAAAGAUAUUCUUGUUUAAUCACAUGCAUUGAUAAAAAUUAUGGCACUAACAAGAACAAUGUUAACUAACUUGCAAAGAAAAUUAUUUAAUUCAAUGCAAAAAUUGUACACUAAUAAAUUGAAAGUGACGAAUUUUUCAACAAAUAUCGGACAUAAUAUAAAGGAAGGUAAAAUUAAUGUAGAUGGUAUUGAUAUUAAUUGUGUUCAAGUUGGUAAAGGAGAACACCCUGUAUUACUUUUACCAGGUGUAAUGGGCUCAGCAUGGACAGAUUUUAAACCUCAAAUCGAAAAUUUAUCACAAGAUAAAUUUAAAAUUAUUGCUUGGGAUCCACCUGGUUAUGGAAAAUCUAGACCACCAAAUCGAAAUUUUCCAGAUAAUUUUUUUGAACGUGAUGCAACAUGGGGUUAUCAUUUAAUGAAGGCACUUGGUCAUUCGACUUUUUCAUUAAUUGGUUGGAGUGAUGGUGGUAUCACUUCUUUGAUUUUAGCUUCAAAAUAUUCGGAAAAUAUCAGAAAAAUGUUAAUCAUUGGAGCCAAUUCAUUUGUUUUACCUGAAGAAAUUCAGGUUUAUGAAUCCAUUAGAAAUAUUGAUAGUUGGUCAGCAAAAAUGAAAGAUCCAUUGCUGGCUUUAUAUGGAAAGAAUUAUUUUCAAGAAACAUGGAGCAAAUGGAUUGAUACAAUGAUUAUACUUUUUGCAAAAAAUAAAGGCAAUAUUUGUAAAGAACAUCUUGCUAAUAUUAAAUGUCCAACACUAAUUGUUCAUGGAAAAAAAGAUGUCUUAGUUGCUCGAGAACAUCCAACAUUUUUGAAUAAACAUAUCAAAAAUUCACAAAUUAAAUAUUUUGAACAAGGAGGCCAUAAUCUACAUUUAAGAUAUUCUGAGGAAUUUAAUGUUUUGGCGACAGAAUUUCUUAGCGAAAAAUCUAAACUGUGAAAACAAGUAGACAAAAAACGAAUUUAUAAUUAUUAUAUAAUAAUAUAUAUAAUUAUUAUUAUUAUGUAAAUACUAUAAUCGACAUAAAUUGUUAAGAUUUUUUACAAAUCAAUUGUUUAAAUAAAAAAUAUUCUAAACCUAUA